CACCCGAGAGAGGCUAUAAGUAUUCCACAUGACCAGUCCUCCGCAUUCUCGUCAAGAACGGGAGGAAGAGACGAUCUGCAGCUUACAGCUUCUCGACAGCUUCCUGAUCCUUAAAAGCCCAUUUCCAACCAUGUCGAUCGUGAGGCGCAACAACAUCUUCGACCCCUUCUACCUCGACGUCUGGGACCCCUUCCGGGGCUUCCCCUUGGAUGCCUUCCGUUCCCUCUCCGAGACGCGCCCCGGCUUCGUGAGCGAGACUUCCGCCUCCGCCAACACCCGCAUCGAUUGGAAUGAGACCCCCGAGGCGCACGUCUUCAAGGCCGACCUGCCGGGGGUGAAGAAAGAGGAGGUGAAGGUGGAGGUGGAGGAAGGCAGGGUCCUCCAGAUCAGCGGCGAGAGGAGCAAGGAGGAGGAGGAGAAAAGCGACAAGUGGCACCGCGUGGAGCGGAGCAGCGGCAAGUUCCUGAGGAGGUUCAGGUUGCCUGAGAACGCCAAGGUGGAUCAGGUGAAGGCGUCAAUGGAGAACGGUGUCCUAACCGUUACAGUGCCUAAGGAGGAGGCGAAGAAGCCCGAGAUGAAGUCCAUUGAGAUCUCCGGUUGAGUUCUGAAUGGAGCA